CUCCUUCCCCCCAUUCUCCCACGGUCUCGUCUGCAGUCACAACAAUCCUCUUUAUCUCUCUCUCUCUCUCUCUCUACCCCCACUCCUUCUCUCUCCUCUAAGAAAUGGGUAUUAUGCGCCUCGUCGCUCUCGCCUCUAUUCUCGCCUUCUUCUCGCCGGCGGCCGCCCGCAUUAUGGGCGUCUUCACCGGCGGGCCGUGGCAGAGCGCCCACGCCACCUUCUACGGCGGCAGCGAUGCCUCCGGCACCAUGGGAGGGGCGUGUGGGUACGGGAACUUGUACAGCCAGGGAUACGGAGUGGAGACGGCGGCGCUGAGCACCGCGCUGUUCAACGACGGCCAGAGCUGCGGCGCCUGCUUCGAGAUCAAGUGCGUCGACGAACCGCAAUGGUGCCACCCGGGGAGCCCCUCCAUCUUCAUCACUGCUACCAACUUCUGCCCGCCGAACUACGCUCUCCCCUCCGACAACGGUGGGUGGUGCAACCCGCCCCGCCCCCACUUCGACCUAGCCAUGCCCAUGUUCCUUAAGAUCGCCGAGUACCGCGCCGGCAUCGUCCCCGUCUCUUACCGCAGGGUGCCGUGCCGGAAACCUGGGGGGAUCCGGUUCACCAUCAACGGGUUCCAGUACUUCAACCUGGUGCUGAUUACGAACGUGGCCGGGGCCGGCGACAUCGUGAGGGUGAGCGUGAAGGGGUCGCGGACGGGGUGGAUGCCCAUGUCCCGGAACUGGGGUCAGAACUGGCAGUCCAACGCCGUGCUGGUGGGGCAGUCCCUUUCCUUCCGCGUCACCGGCAGCGACCGCCGCACCACCACCUCCUGGAACAUCGUCCCGGCCAACUGGCAGUUCGGUCAGACCUUCGCCGGCAAGAACUUCCAAGUCUAGGAUGUCAAAUCCACGGCUACGUGGAGGGUCGGAGACAGAAAAUAGAAGAUACCUAUAUUUAGUUUCUUGCUUUUCUUUUUUUUUUUCUUUUUUUUUAAUCUUCUUGGUGCCAGAUAUCAAGUUGGUAUGGAUUGUGUUGCUUUUUGGUAGUUGUGAAAGGUGAAAAGAGUGAGAUUGAGGAGGAGGAAAUAGAGUGAAGAGAGACAGUGUGCGUGGGUGAAAACGUGAAAUGAACCUUUUGUUUACUGGGUUGGGGAUGAGAGUGCAGUGGUGGUAUCGUUACUUCUUUUAGGUAGUGGGAUUAGACGCAGCAGCAGCGGCUGAAGUGGCUGCAGAACCAGUAUAAAAAAAAGUGUCCGUGUAGCCCGCAGCUGCUUUAUAUAUCUAUAUCUACAUUGUCUGCUUCUCAGGAAAAAAAAAAAAGGAGUGUAAAUUGUCUGGAUGUUAUGUGAUGAGCCGAUAAUAUGAUAUCUAUAUAUAUAUAGUUGUGAUGGUGAUGUCUCUGGUA